AUGGAUCAUAUCGAUGCGAGCCCCACCGUGAUUGGUGCUCCCACCGAUCAUGGGCAUCCACAGCCCAUGGAGGUGGAGGAAGCCAUCUCAGUGCUAGAUCACAGUGCCUUUGCAGCCAAGCAUCUCGCCGACCUGGGGCAGGAAGAGGCUGACUUUGCGGUCUGCGAUUGGGUCUUGAGGGAUUGGAACGCGCUCGACAAGAGGUUGACAGGGCCCGAAUUCGAGUGCGGUGGUCACAAGUGGCGUAUCCUGCUUUUCCCAUUCGGCAACUCCAACGGACAGCCGAACGACAUGGUGUCGGUCUAUUUAGACUAUGCAAACCCCAAGGAAAAGCCAGAAGGCUGGCAUGUUUGCGCGCAAUUCGCGCUGGUUAUUUCGAACUUGAACGAUUCCCAAUGUCACUCCACUAGUCAGGCACAUCAUCGCUUCACCGCAGAGGAGAUGGACUGGGGCUUCACAAGGUUCAACGAGUUGCGAAAGCUGGUAGCGCCUUCUGACGGCCGGCCCAGACCUAUUAUCGAAGAUGGCGCCGCGCGAGUCACGGCCUUUGUACGCGUGCUCAAGGAUCCUACGGGAGUGUUGUGGCACAACUUUAUCAACUACGAUUCGAAGAAAGAGACGGGCUACGUAGGAUUGAAGAACCAAGGAGCAACUUGCUAUAUGAACUCUUUGCUUCAGUCGUUGUUCUGCACAAAUUACUUCAGAAGAGCGGUGUACCAAAUUCCGACAGAACAGGACAUUCCGUCAGAAAGUGUGGCAUUGGCGUUGCAGCGCGUUUUUUAUUUGCUGCAAUCCUCGGAUCAGCCAGUGGGCACGAACGAAUUGACCAAGUCUUUUGGCUGGAAGUCAUUGGAUUCAUUUCUUCAACACGAUGUGCAAGAGUUCAACAGAGUGCUCCAGGAAAAGUUGGAGACCAAGAUGAAGGGAACUGCUGCGGAUGGAGCGAUCACGCGCUUAUUCGUCGGCCGCAUGAAGAGCUAUUUGCGCUGCGUGAAUGUAGACUACGAGUCGACCAGAUCAGAGGAUUUCUACGACAUUCAGCUCAAUGUCAAGGGCAUGGCAGAUCUUCACGACUCUUUCAAGGAUUACAUUCAAGUCGAGAUGCUCGAUGGCGAGAACAAAUAUGCAGCCGAGGGGCACGGUUUGCAAGACGCCAAGAAAGGCGUCAUCUUUGAGAGGUUUCCGCCCGUUCUGCACUUGCAGCUGAAGCGAUUCGAGUACGACAUGGAAAAGGAUUCGAUGGUCAAGAUCAAUGAUCGCCACGAAUUUCCCCUCGACAUUGAUUUGGGAGAGUUCAUCGACAAGGACUCGGAAGUGGCUGGGGAAGAUUGGAAGUACCAGCUGCAUGGUGUGCUGGUGCACAGCGGCGAUCUGCACGGCGGACACUACUUUGCGCUCUUGAAACCCGAAAAGGAUGGAAAGUGGUUCAAAUUCGACGACGAUCGCGUCACGCCCGUGACUCUGAAGGAGGUGCUUGAGGACAAUUUUGGCGGAGAAAUUCCAAACGGCCAUCUCGGAGGCCAAGUUGGCGCCCGCGCGCCCGUCAGAGCGAUGAAGCGCUUCACAAACGCGUACAUGCUCGUCUAUGUUAGGCAGCGGGCUGCUCCAGAAGUGCUGAAGCCCUUUGCUGUUGAGGAUACGCCCGCACAUCUUCGCGAGCGUCUCGAAGAAGAAAGGCUCGCAAUCGAGGCCCGGAAACGAGAGCGCGAGGAGCAGCACUUGUAUCUUACGGUGAAGCUCAUCACUGAAGACACAUUCAAGGGCCAUCAAGGCUUUGACUUGGCAACCUUUGAGGAGCGCAAUUUACCGGCGACGGAACUGGCUUCUUUCAGAGUUCUCAAAACAGAGUUGUUUCUCAAUUUCAAGGCGCGCCUUGCACAGCAGUACGGCAUGUCGGAGGAAAGCAUCAGGCUGUGGGUGUUGGUCAAUCGUCAAAACAAGACUGUGCGGCCAGACACGCCUGUGCCAGAGUCCGAUCCCAAUCUCACUCUAGAGACGGUGCGGGACAGGAUGGCUUCAAGACAAAACGAUUUGCGCUUGUACCUGGAGACCAUUUCGCCCGACACAAAUUACGGGGUCCCAGAUCCGCCCCUUAUGAUCUUCCUCAAGUACUUUGACGUCACUCGACAAACUCUGACCGGCCAAGGGAGGGUUUACGUCACCAAGGCAAUGAAGGUGGCGGACUUGGUGCCGACCAUCAAUCAGAUGAUGAGGUGGCCCCCUACCGUGCAAGUCCGACUGUACGAGGAGAUCAAGCCGGGCAUGAUCGAACAGAUGAAGCCCAAGGCGACUUUUCAGCAGAGCGAGAUUCAGGAUGGAGACAUUAUCUGCUUUCAGUCUGAAAUGUCCGAGAAGGAUGCGCACGACAUUGAAGCGCAGUCGCUGUACUCUAACCCGAUCCAGUUCUACGACUUUUUGCAAAAUCAGAUCAAGGUCUUGUUCAAGCCAAAAGCCGAGGAUGCCGAAUACAGGGGGGAGUUUGAGUUGACGUUGUCGAAAAAGAUGACGUACGACAUGAUGGCGGCCAAAUUCGCGGAGCGGUUGAAGCACGAUCCGCUCAAGCUCAGAUUCACCACUGCGAAUGGACCGAACGGCACGCCCAAGACUGUCCUGAAGCGCACCGCAAAUCAGACUGUCAACGAGAUCGUUUCGCCGAGCUACAUUCAGGGACAAGCAUCGUUGCUGUACUAUGAAAAGCUAAACGUCUCGAUUGUCGAGCUGGAGACCAAGCGCAACUUGAAAGUGUGGUGGAUGGGGGCGCACAACAAGGAAGAGGCCGCUCAUCAAUUCCUCAUGCCUAAGACGAGCUCGUUCAAUGAGGUGGCAGACUACCUUUCCAAGCAAGUGACACUCGAGGAUGGCGGCAGCGGCAAGAUUCGCGUAUUCGAAGUUGUCAAUGGCGGUCGGCAGCAGCGGGACAUACCUGGCGCAGAAAUGAUUGGCAACAUCAACGAGACUGCGGAGCUUUUUGGCGAAGAAGUUCCCAUUGAGGAGCUCCGGAUCAGUGACGAAGACCGGAUCAUCAACUGUUUUCACUUUUCCAAGGAGGUCCACAGGGUUCACGGUGUGCCUUUUAAAUUCAUUAUCAAGCCGGGAGAGAAGUUUGCCGACACCAAGCAAAGAUUACAAGCGCGCAUCGCGGUGCCGGACAAGGAAUUCGCCAAGUUUAGAUUCACGUUGGUCAUGUCCAGCACGUACAAGCAGCCCAACGUCUUGCAAGACGAUGAUGUCCUGUGA